CAGAGUUUUCAGGAAAGACAAGCAAUUGAUUUGCGGCAGCAUCAUCUAUUUUGCCUGUUUAUCUACGUAUUUACGCCGCACAGCAUAAUAAACCCAAUCAAUCUUCGGAGUGAAACUCAAUCAGUAAGCACUUGCAAUUAUUCGAACUCAUUGACAGAAAAAACCGCAACAAUGAGCGAAGAAAAGCAGCAACCUAGUGAGAUGGAAGUGGACGAGGAUAACGUAGCAGCGUCGGGAUCAUCUGCUCAAGAAGCAACAAUGGAGGUUGCUCAACUCGAAACAACAGAUGUCAGGGUCGUUGAUGAACUUGUAGACGAGGAUAUCAGCGGUCCAAGUAGCAGCAGCACCGCCCGGGUUAUGGCAUCAUCUGGCACCGUCGGCUCUGUUUCCAUUAGUCUUCAUCCACUCGUCAUUAUGAAUGUCAGCGAGCACUGGACUAGACUUCGUGCUCAGGAGGGCAAAGAUCAGCUUGUGUAUGGAGCAGUGAUUGGCAAGCAAAAAGGAAGGAAUAUCGAAAUCAUGAACUCCUUUGAACUCUUGAUCACACUAAUUGGAGAUGAUGUUGUGAUUGAUAGGGACUAUUACAACACAAAAGAAGAACAGUUCAAGCAAGUUUUCAGUGAUAUGGAUUUUCUUGGCUGGUACACAACUGGUGGUUUACCAAAUGAAAAAGACAUUAAAGUACAUAAGCAAAUAUGUGAGAUUAAUGAAAGUCCUGUUAUGCUGAAACUUGAUCCACGGCCUAAAAGUACUGAUCAACUUCCAGUAUCUAUAUAUGAAUCAGUUAUUGAUUUAGUGAAUGGUGAAGCUACAAUGUUAUUUGUACCAUUGACUUAUACAUUAGCCACUGAAGAGGCUGAGAGGAUUGGUGUUGAUCAUGUUGCAAGGAUGUGCAGUAAUGAUCAAGGAGAAAGUUCUUUAGUUGCAGAACAUCUGAUAGCUCAGCACAGUGCAAUCAAAAUGUUACACUCCAGGGUAAAAUUAGUUCUAAGGUACGUUCAAGCUGUUCAAAAAGGAGAACUAAAGGGAAAUCACGAAGUUUUGAGAGCUGCAUGUUCACUCAGUCAUCGUUUACCAGUUUUGAAUAAUCCCAAAUUCAAGGCUGAUUUCUAUAAUCAAUGCAACGAUUUCGGCCUCAUGACGUACCUGGGCAUUAUAACCAAAGGUUGCAAUGACACAAAUCAAUUUGUACACAAGUUCAAUAUUCUGUAUGAUAGACAGGGUGUCGCGCGUCGCGUACGAAGUCUCUUCUUUUGA